AUGGCGUGGAUCACCGACGCCUACGCCGGCGACGCCGAGGCCAUCACCCACGCGCUCCGCGUCUCCCUCUCCUCUGAUUCCUCCCCUCCCCCUGCAGCCACCCUCCGGCGGAACCCCCGCGCGCCGACCUCUGGGAAAAUCUUCAAGCCCAAGCGGAAGCCGCGCGGAGGCGCGGUGGCGAACCGGUCUCCGAUCACCUACAUCAGCGCCGACCCCGCAAACUUCCGGGAGAUGGUGCAGCAGGCCACCGGCGUGGCGGGGCUCGAGCCAUCAGACUCGCCGCCGCCGCCGUCGCCGCCGCCCAUGGCGGCGCCGCAGCAGAUACGCCUGCCAACCCUCGACACGUCGGCGCUGUUCCUGGACCAAAUCGCUGGACGGCAGCCGGUGACGGACCUCGUCCCGCUGCCGACGAUUUUCCCAUCGCUUGAGGACGUUAUGUGA